CACCAACUUUACUUUUGCGGCCAACACCAAUCCGUUUGAUGCAUUGAAGAAAAACUAUGGAAGAAGGCAGCAUUCUAGAGACAAUCGGGGUCGAGAUCAUCGGCGUUCUUUCUCCAGUCUCCAUUUGCAUGCUUCUAGUUGUUCUCUUGGUCUAUUCUCUCUCCGGUGAGUCUCCUUCCGAACCCAUUCGCACUGCAGCCAAUCUCGUAUACCUUGAGAAUCCCGCGGAUUCUACCACCCAGAAGCUGGAAGGUGCAGCUCUCAACGCCCUUGUGUUUGUCAUCCUCAUCGCAGCUGCCACUUUUCUACUUGUCUGUCUCUAUUACUACAAUUUCACUAAAUUUCUGAAACACUACAUGCGCUUCUCUGCCUUCUUCGUGCUAGGUUCAAUGGGGGGUUCAAUAUUUCUUUCUAUAAUUCAACAUUUCUCCAUACCAAUUGACCCUAUCACUUUUUUUGUACUGCUAUUGAACUUUACUGUUGUGGGUGUCCUUUCUAUUUUCUCUGUUGGAAUACCCAUUAUCCUGCGGCAGUCAUUUAUGGUUACUUUGGGCAUAAUUGUUGCUGCUUGGUUUACUAAUUUGCCCGAAUGGACCACAUGGGUUUUGUUGAUUGCUUUGGCUGUUUAUGAUCUUGUUGCUGUGUUGGUUCCUGGAGGGCCUCUUAAGAUGUUGGUUGAAAUGGCUUCUAACAGGUCAGAGGAACUUCCAGCACUUGUUUACGAGGCACGACCAACAACGUCUAGAAAUCAGGGAAAUGUUGGUAAUCCUUUGGCCUUUUUGGUGGCUGGGGUUUCUGAUUCUGGUUCCAUAGAGAUUCAAGAAUUGUCUAGGAACAAUUCAUCUGAUCAUGCUGUUGCUAACAAUGAAAUUGAAUCAAUUGUUUCACCAUUGGUUGAAAUGUUGAACUUGGAUGGUGAAGAUGGUAGCACUUUAGUGUCCACUAAAGGAAUUCAGCUUGGUCUUGGUGACUUCAUUUUCUAUAGUGUACUUGUGGGUAGAGCUGCGAUGUACGACUUAAUGACUGUUUAUGUCUGUUAUGUUGCAAUUAUAUCUGGGCUGGGCUGCACUCUCAUUUUAUUGGCUGUAUACCGUCAUGCCUUGCCUGCUCUCCCGAUUUCCAUAGCAUUGGGAGUCAUGUUUUACUUCUUGACUAGGUUGCUAAUGGAGCCUUUUGUGGUUGGAACUUCUACUAAUUUGUUAAUGUUUUGAGUUCUCAUUUUAACCAAAAAUCAGUCUGACAGUCAUUUUUUCAGGUUUGUAGAUCCUUUAUCAUAUUGUAAGUUUACAAUGUUCGGUUAUGUCAUGUAAUGAUGUGGCACUUGAAGAACAACACUAUUGUUCUUUUGAGGUGUUGCGAUUGAGUAACAAGUUAUUUUCCACCA